AGAUCCGCCACGGACACAAAACUCCGAGGACGCACCACGCUCCCCGCACCUCUCAGCUCCUUUCAGCGAGACCAGAGGAGAGACACGGCCGAAAAACACGCACCAUCCACCGGCCACACACUUCCAGAGCUGUCGGUACAAGAAAACUCAACGUAAAGGUCAAUCAUGUCGGCCAAAGCCAUCUCCGAGCAGACAGGAAAGGAGUUUCUGUAUAAAUACAUCUGCACCUCGGCCGCCAUCCAGAACAGGUUUCGCUUCGCCCAGGUUACUGCGGAAACAGACUUUGAUCAACUGGCACAGGACCACCCAUGGCUUCUGACAGAGAAACUGGUGGUGAAGCCGGACCAGCUGAUCAAGAGGAGGGGGAAGCUGGGGCUGGUGGGUGUAAACCUGGACCUGAACGGCGUCAAAGAUUGGCUCAAGUCCCGACUCCAGAAAGAAACAACUGUUGGGAAAGCCAAAGGAAUUCUCAAGAACUUUCUCAUCGAGCCAUUUGUCCCUCAUAAGCAGGAGGAGGAGUUCUACGUUUGUAUCUAUGCCACUCGUGAGGGAGACUACGUGCUGUUCCAUCACGAGGGCGGGGUGGAUGUGGGGGACGUGGACGCCAAGGCCCAGAAACUGCUGAUUGGAGUCGAUGAGAAAAUCAGUGAAGAGUCGGUGAAAAAGGCUCUUCUGAAACACGCUGCCAAAGACAAGAAAGAUAUCUUGGCCAGCUUCAUUGUUGGACUCUUUAACCUGUAUGAGGACCUGUUCUUCACUUACCUCGAGAUCAAUCCACUGGUGGUGACUAAAGAUGGCGUGUAUGUGCUGGACAUGGCAGCAAAGAUCGAUGCCACGGCCGACUACAUCUGUAAGGCCAAAUGGGGCGAUGUUGAGUUCCCCCCUCCCUUUGGUAGAGAGGCCUAUCCCGAGGAGGCGUACAUCGCUGAUCUGGAUGCAAAGAGCGGAGCCAGUCUCAAACUCACUUUACUCAACCCCAAAGGACGAAUCUGGACCAUGGUGGCUGGGGGAGGAGCCUCAGUGGUCUACAGUGACACCAUCUGUGACCUGGGAGGAGUGGAUGAACUCGCAAAUUAUGGAGAAUAUUCAGGAGCUCCGAGUGAACAGCAAACCUAUGACUACGCCAAAACUAUCCUCUCCCUCAUGACCAGGGAGAAGCACAAAGAUGGUAAAGUUUUGAUCAUUGGGGGGAGCAUUGCCAACUUCACUAACGUUGCAGCAACAUUCAAGGGGAUUGUGAGAGCUAUAAAAGACUUCCAGCAGCAGCUAAUGGAGCACGAGGUCCAGAUCUUUGUGCGACGUGGAGGUCCCAACUACCAGGAGGGUCUCAGGGUGAUGGGAGAAGUCGGAAAAACCACAGGGAUCCCCAUUCAUGUGUUUGGCACAGAGACCCACAUGACGGCUAUCGUCGGCAUGGCGCUGGGGCACCGACCAAUCCCAAACCUGCCCCCGGUUGCCGCCCACACCGCCAACUUUCUCCUCAACACCAGCGGGGCCUCAUCGACCCCAGCAUCAAGCAGAACCGCAUCUUUUUCUGAAAACAAAGCCAAAGGAGUGGAGGGACCUUCAGCUGUUAAGUCUAAAACAGCGGGGCCUGUAGCUAAAGCAACGACCCUGUUCUCCAAACAGACCAAGUCGAUAGUGUGGGGGAUGCAGACCAGAGCUGUACAGGGUAUGAUGGACUUUGACUACGUCUGCUCCAGGACUGAACCCUCGGUCGCAGCCAUGGUCUACCCUUUCACCGGUGACCACAAGCAGAAGUUUUACUGGGGUCAUAAGGAGAUCCUGGUGCCCGUGUACAAAAACAUGAGUGACGCCAUGAAGAAGCAUCCCGAUGUGGACGUCCUGAUCAACUUUGCCUCUCUGAGAUCAGCCUUCGACAGCACCAUAGAAACCAUGCAGUAUCCACAGAUUCGCACCAUUGCCAUAAUUGCUGAGGGAAUCCCUGAGGCUCACACAAGGAAGAUCAUCAAAACUGCAGACGAGAAGGGUGUCACCAUCAUUGGACCAGCCACUGUUGGAGGUAUUAAGCCAGGCUGUUUUAAGAUUGGGAACACAGGGGGAAUGCUGGACAAUAUCCUGGCAUCUAAACUGUACCGUCCUGGGAGCGUGGCAUACGUGUCAAGGUCCGGUGGCAUGUCCAACGAACUCAACAACAUCAUCUCCAGAACAACGGACGGCGUGUUUGAGGGGGUCGCCAUUGGGGGUGACAGAUACCCUGGUUCUGUUUUCACUGACCAUGUGCUGAGAUACCAAGACACUCCAGGAGUCAAAAUGAUUGUGGUACUGGGAGAGAUUGGAGGAACAGAGGAGUACAAGAUUUGCCAGGCUAUAAAAGAGGGCAGGAUCACAAAGCCAGUGGUCUGUUGGUGUAUUGGAACCUGCGCCACUAUGUUUGCCUCUGAGGUCCAGUUUGGCCAUGCAGGUGCCUGUGCCAACCAGGCCUCUGAAACUGCAGUAGCAAAGAACACGGCUUUGAAAGAGGCUGGAGCGUUUGUACCUACAAGCUUUGAUGAACUGGGAGAGGUCAUCAAAUCUGUGUAUGACGACCUCGUAGCCAAAGGAGUGAUCUUACCUGCUGAAGAGAUGCCUCCUCCCACAGUGCCAAUGGACUACUCUUGGGCCAGAGAGUUGGGUCUGAUUCGUAAGCCUGCGUCCUUUAUGACUAGUAUCUGUGACGAGAGAGGCCAGGAGCUGAUCUAUGCCGGGAUGCCCAUCACUGAAGUCUUCAAGUCUGAGAUCGGACUUGGAGGAACACUGGGUCUGCUGUGGUUCCAGAGAAGGUUGCCGAGAUACGCCUGUCAGUUCAUCGAGAUGUGCCUGAUGGUGACUGCAGACCACGGACCUGCUGUCUCUGGAGCUCACAACACAAUCGUCUGUGCUCGGGCUGGAAAAGACCUGAUCUCCAGUCUCACCUCCGGGCUCCUCACCAUUGGAGAUCGUUUUGGAGGUGCCCUGGACGCUGCAGCCAAACAGUUCAGUAAAGCUUUCGACAGCGGCAUGUUACCGAUGGAGUUUGUGAACAAGAUGAAGAAGGACGGAAAGCUAAUUAUGGGCAUUGGACACAGAGUGAAGUCGAUUAAUAAUCCUGAUAUGAGGGUCCAGAUCUUGAAGGAUUUUGUGAAGCAGAACUUUCCCUCGACACAGCUCCUGGAUUACGCUCUCGACGUGGAGAAGAUCACUACGUCCAAGAAACCCAACCUCAUCCUGAAUGUAGAUGGCUUCAUUGGUGUGGCUUUUGUGGACUUGCUCCGGACGUGUGGAGGAUUCACAAGGGAUGAAGCCGAUGAGUUUGUGGAAAUUGGUGCUCUGAAUGGCAUUUUUGUCCUUGGACGCAGCAUGGGCUUCAUUGGGCACUACUUGGACCAGAAGAGGCUGAGGCAGGGCUUGUAUCGCCACCCAUGGGACGACAUCUCAUACGUGCUGCCUGAACACAUGUCCAUGUAAAACCCCCAAUGUCAAUGACCGCAUCUGCCCAAACUGCUACUGUGAAGAACCAUAGACUGUGUGAAGAAUCAAGAAAAUAUAAUUGUUAUUUUAUUAAUGUGUAAAUAUAUAUAAAAAAGAGGAAGAAUAAUUCAUAGUGUAGAAAUGUUUAUUUUGGUUACAUGAUUUUAAGUAAUUGUAUAAAUGCAUGAAGUUGACCGCCACCACAGUCACCCAUAAAGUUGGAAUAUUUUCAGACAUAUUCCUUGUUUAUUUUCCAGAUAUUAAUAAACAGUAAUAUUAGUUUUGACCAGAUGCUUAUAACGUUUACAUGCUGCUAAAAAAAGAGUAAUAUUCUAUCAUUAAAGGGGAACAGUGUUUGUGAGUAUGUCUAUCUUGUGAAUAUUGUCUAAGUCUAUUUGUCUAUACCUCAAACUCUGUAUUUCUCUUUGUUGUGCCAUUUGAAGUUCUUUGUUCAUCAAACAUUAUAGUAUCAUAACAAGAUAUAGUGUUUAUUUAUGUAUAGAUUAUAUUAUUAAAAAUGAAAAUAUACAAUAUGGUACAAAAAUAUAGACCUAUUAUAAUGUACCACAAAUGGAAUUGAAAUUAUAUCUGUAAUGUUUAUAACAUGGGUAAAUUGGUGUCAAGUUUACUGUGGCCUUUUUUUGUGGAGAAUUUUAAUUAGCCAUUCUGUGUGUAACUGUGCAUAAACUUGACAUAUGUAGUAUUGACCAAAAUGCUGUUAUUUCAUUCAAAUGUCAUGUAAAAGAUGGGGCAUUAUUUGUAACAGUGCAAUUUAAUUUAACCUGGAUUAUUGUUGGUACCUUGUUUUAACCAUGUAAACUCUAUGUGCCUAUGUACUAAUUGAUAAGGGAAGCUAAAUGUCACUCGUAUGUGCAUAACUGGAUAAAAUAAAUAAAUCUGACCAACAUUGCU